UUUGGACAAGAGGAUCGCUCUGGAACACACCCCGCCAACGAAGAUGCGCUGCUGGGCAGCGCGCCGCGUGCGUCACGUUCUGAUAUCAACUGUGGCAAAGUAGGAUCGUCGAAGGGGAGCGAACUGGCACUGAAACUGCAUGCCAGUACGACUGCGACGACGACCUCGUGACUUCCUUGCCCUAUCACUCUAUGCAGACCAACCUACUCGUGCAUACCACUGCUUGUCAACCAAGCAUGACAAGCUCGCCAUAAACUAGUGCCUCCACCCACACAGCAUGGACGUCGCUCGCUGUCUGUCGGGAAGGAGGUAGCGACGUGGAUCAGUGUCCCCACAGGAGCGUGGUGGGGUGAUAGCGUCCCCGGCUGCUGAUUGGUCCGUUCUUUCCAAUACAAAAAAUCGUGGGACAGUGGCGGCGUUACGGCAGUCAGUUGUUACAUUACAAAGUGCGGCGGCAAGCGAUGGGGAACAAGGCAAGCAAAGGUGGCGGCAGCUCCAAGGGACUGCGUCCAGGCGUCAACAGUGAAGCCGCCACAGGAGGAUUGCGCCCACAGCCACUUCCUCAGACCAGACAACCCAAUGCGAGUGCGCCGGUGCCGCACUACAGGCAGCAAGAGGGCCAGCCCGCAGCCGUCUUGCCACCGCCAGUACCCAACGCUGUCCCUGUUGCAUCCACGCACGCCCCCACGGCUUCUGCUACGACAGACGCGGCGGGAAAACCUAGCGCUGCUACCGAGCCCGACUCGGACGGCGAAGACAUCAGUGGCCCGAGCGAGCAGGUGACUAUCAAGGACGCGGACGGGUCGACCGUAGUACAGGCGAAAGUGACCAUCGAGGACUUUGAUUUGCUCAAAGUGCUUGGGAAGGGCAGCUUUGGCAAAGUCAUGAUGGUGCGGAAGAAGGAAAACCAAAAGAUCUACGCCAUGAAGACGCUUCGCAAGGCAGCUCUCAUCAAGCGCAACCAACUGCUACACACCAAGACAGAGCGCAACAUCCUGCAGCAGAUCAAGCACCCGUUCUUGACCACGUUGUCGUACGCGUUCCAGACGCCUGAGAAGCUGUACCUGGUCAUGGACUAUUGCCCUGGGGGCGAGCUCUUCUUCUGGCUCAAGAAAGAUCGUCGGUUCUCGCAAACGAAGGCGCGAUUGUUUGCCGCGGAAAUUCUCCUCGCGCUGCAAGAACUCCACAAGCACGACAUCAUUUACCGCGACUUGAAACCGGAAAACAUUCUCCUCGACCUGGAAGGGCACAUUCGCCUGACGGACUUUGGUCUGUCCAAGGAAGCAGUCACUGGCGCUGGCGCCGUCGGCGGCACCAAGACGUUUUGUGGCACUCCCGAGUACUUGGCCCCCGAGAUCCUCGAAAACAAAGGUCAUGGCAAGGCGGUGGACUGGUGGAGUUUGGGCACACUUAUCUACGAAAUGCUCACGGGACUUCCCCCGUUCUACGACCAAAACAUGCAGCGCAUGUACGACAAGAUUAUCAACGCGCCGCUGCGGUUCCCGUCGUUCAUGUCGGCGGAGGCCAAGAGUUUGCUCACCGGGUUGCUGCAACGCAAGGUGGGCGACCGCUUGGGCAGCGGCCCCACGGACGGCGAAGAGAUCAAGUCGCACCCGUUCUUUGCCGGUUUGGACUGGGACCAAGUGUACCGGAAGGAAAUGACCCCGGAAUUCAAGCCCCCAAACCGGCUCGGUUCCAUCGACACGAGCAACUUUGACUUGGAAUUCACGGGCGAAAAGCCCGUCGACUCGGUCGUGACGACCACGAUGAGCGAGACCCAGCGCAACAAGGCGCAGUUCUCCGGGUUCACGUACAACGCCGACUCGGAAUUGGAACAGUAGCAUGCUCGUGUGCGGCGGUUAACACGCCUUGGAUUGCA